AUGCCGUUGAAGCCGAUCUCAAUCCCGAGAGGGGAGCUAAUGGCAUGUCAGCUAGCCGUACGACUCGCCAAGGCCGCUUGUGUACAGCUCAGUUUGAGUAUGCGAGAGGUGAUCUACCUUUCGGACUCCACUACCGCACUGUGGUGGAUUCGUGGCGAGCCGAGGAAUUUCAAGCCGUUUGUCGCCAACCGUGUAGCUGAGAUCUUGACAGAGAGUGACCCCAUCCAGUGGCACCACGUACGAACGGAGAUGAACAUCGCCGAUGUGGCAACAAGAGGAGCCUCCGCAGGCGACAUACAAGCCCACACAACUUGGAUUGAAGGACCGGAGUUCCUGAGGUUACCAGUGCACGCUUGGCCGAUAGAUGACGUUCAAACCACUGCACAGCCGUCGGAAAAGUCUGAGAUGCGAAAGAAGGCCCUGAGAGUGCAGCAAGAAGCAGACGCCCCUUUGAUCGACCCGGCUGCGUUUUCCACCCAAGUCGGAGCACUAAGCAUUGAAGAGUUGAAGACAGAGGAGCUGUACUGGAUCAAGUGCGCACAGAGAGACAGGUUCACCAGAGAAAUUGAGUCGUUGGAGAAGGGACAGCCAGUUCCUCGAGCAAGUCGCAUUGCAAACCUCGACCCACAGCUUGUAGAUGGAGUUCUCCGCGUCGGAGGGAGGAUAGACCGGGCCGACAUACCAUGGGAAACGAAGCACCCGAUAAUCCUCGACCACGGACAGGACGUCACACGCCUGAUAGUCACCGAGUACCAUCAGAAGCUUCGCCAUGUUGGAGUGGAGCAUGUCUUCAACCACCUACGCGAGGGAUUCUGGAUACUGCGUGGGCGGGCAGAAGUGAAGGAGUGCACCAUUAAGUGCCCACUGUGCCAUCGCCGUCGCGUCCAGCCGAUGACCCAGAAGAUGAGUGACCUUCCAGCCGUUCGUCUUGCUGGUGUCAGCACGCCGUUCAAGCAUGUAGGCUUAGACUACGCGGGGCCGUUUCAAGUUCGUGUUGGUCGAAAUCGCGUGGAGAAGCGUUACGUGUGCCUAUUUACGUGCCUGCACAUGCGCGCCGUGCAUCUAGAGACCGCGCAUAGCCUCGAUACAGAUUCCUUCAUUAUGGCUUUGCGUCGCUUUCGCGCCCGCCGAGGUAAUCCUGUUAGGAUUAUGAGUGACAAUGGUUCGAACUUUGUAGGAGCUGAGCGAGAGUUGAGGGAUGCACUCCAAGAGUUGAGUCAAGAACGAAUCGCAGAUGAGCUCAGUGCGCACGGUGUCAAGUGGGACUUCAAUCCGCCUGAUGGGCCUUGGUUCGGUGGAGCCUGGGAAGCGUUGGUGAAGUCUACCAAGCGCACGAUGAGAGUGAUGUUAGGAAACGUCCUUACAGUAGAUGAAGUCUUCCGCACUGUUCUCGCCGAGGCAGAGUCUAUACUGAACUCGCGUCCACUGGUGUACGGGGGGAAGUGUGUCAUCUCCUACUGA